AAUACACUGGCAGCUUCAGAGACCGAAGACGUAAUGGUGUGAUUCCUUGUGUCCUUGCAAUGGUAAUCAUUCUAAUAUUACUCGACAAAUUCUUCAACCGGGAGUGGGAAUGAAGGGUUACAAACUGUGAUUAUACGGAUACAUGUAUAAGACGUGCAUGCUGUGUGUGUUUGUGCGCUAGGCGGGGGCGUCGUCCAUGUGGGCGUCAUGCUGCGGGCUGCUGAACGAGGUGAUGGGCACGGGGACUGUGCGCGGGCAGCAGCCAGGGUUUGGGGCCGGAGCGGGGCCCUUUCGCUUUGCCCCAAGUGCCGGCUACUCCACCUAUCCCCCCGCCAGCUCAGGGAGCACGGGACAGAUCUGCAAGGCCUGCGGACUGGCCUUCUCUGUCUUCAGGCGAAAGCACAUAUGCUCGGACUGUAAGAAGAGUUUCUGUGCCCUGUGCUCGGAGCUGCAGGAGAACCUUCGCUGCUGCACCACGUGUCACCUCCUGCGCGGCACGGCGUUCCAGAGACCACAGCUCAUGGCGCUGCGCGUGAAAGACCUGCGCCAGUAUCUCCUGCUGCGCAACAUACCCACAGACACCUGCAGGGAGAAGGAGGACCUGGUGGACCUGGUGCUCUGCCACAAGGAAGCCGGGGACCACCCCACCGUGCAGGGAGGCGUAGAGGAGGAGGAGGAAGAAGAGGAGGAGGAGGAGGAGGAGGAAGAGGAGGACGCAGACACGGACAGCUUGCACUCGCUACCCCACUCCCUCCACGCUUCACCCUCCUCUGCUGCUCGACGCUCCGCCUCAGAGCAGUCGGCUCUCUCCUCCUCUCAAGGAGACGCUCCUCUCAGCCGGAGUGACAGCUCAGGGACUGCACAGAGCCAGGAGCAUGGGGAAGCUCCCACCAUCCCCCUCCUCCACCUGGAACCAGCCAGCGAGCCGACCAUAGAGGUUAGUCCCAUAGUACAGAGGAAAAUGCGAGCCUCUCUAUCCGACCUGGACAACGAGGGGGAUAUCGAGAGCCUGUCUGUCCGGCAACUCAAAGAGAUUCUGGCCCGUAACUUUGUCAACUAUUCUGGCUGCUGUGAAAAGUGGGAGCUAAUAGAGAGAGUGCAUCGCCUCUACAGAGAGAAUGAGCAGAACAGGAAAUCCAUGGAAAAUGUCAGUAACAUCAACAGCAUGACAGCAGUGGUGGCCUACCCCCCGCCAGUCUGCAGUGGUGCAAUAGGAGACGGCGUGAAGGCCCAGUUGGCCUCUGAUGACCACCUAUGUCGCAUCUGCAUGGACGCCGUGAUCGACUGUGUCCUGCUGGAGUGCGGACACAUGGUCACCUGCACCAAAUGUGGGAAGCGGAUGAGCGAGUGUCCCAUCUGCAGGCAGUACGUGGUGCGGGCCGUGCACGUCUUCAAGUCUUAAAUAACGGCGCUGCGAGCGUGCACGUCGGCCCGGGACACACCGCAAGGUACUUCGUACGGGCCGGGCAAUCAUCGAGGAGCGAAUGCCGCAGGAAACACAACGCGCAUCGUCCUUCCGGUCCAGAUGAGAUGCAGACCAAACGUUUUCACACAGCCUAGCCUAACUCCUACAACUGCUGAACUAAGAAAGCACUAUUCCUAACCAAGUGAACAUUUCCUGCGUGACAUGGAACCACCACUGGCUACUCCUUCUGUCUUUAGCGGAACACACUGAACUGGUCCAAAACAGGUCAAUUAAAUCUUAUUUUAAAGUGCUGGAUUUUCAUUUGUAGCAUUUUUCUUUUAAAUAAACCACAGAGCGGAGUUGGUCCCGUUGAUACUUGAAUUGGAUUGGCUGUGAUGUUUUGGUGGUGAGUAGUGGCGAGGUGAUCGUGGUGGCGAUGAAAUCCCAGGGUCAGAGUUCAUACAGUUUACACUGUCACAACAGGCCAUACUGUAUCUUCUGCAGUGUUCUUUAGUAUGUGCAAUAUUAAAAAUGAUACUGUCUGUGUGUAAGUGAGCAACUGUCUGUUAACUUGUCUACAUGUCUGUGCCGUUCUAAACAGGGAGGGGUGUUGGCUGGGUCGGUAGCCUAUGCCCUAUCACAACUACAUUACCUAAUGUGUGAUUACACUUUCUAUGCGAGUCUCACUCUUCUCCUCAGACCACAUAUGAAUAAAUCAAACCCUGUGUAAACCAUCAAGCUCAGUGAUUGGUUGGAUUGUAAGGGAGCUCUUGAGCCAAGUCCUAUGAGACAAAGGUUUCUGUUCAGUUAUUUCAUCUUUCACAUGUUUACUUUAACCAGUCACAUUACCACAGACUUCUACUUGGAUAGCGCUCUUGUCCACUGCAUGCAGCCUACUGUAGUAACAUCCUACAAGGACUUGGUCCUAACCACCAACUUGGUCAUCCUUCACACUGACCUGGUCAUCCUAACCACUAACCAGGUCAUCCUACACACUGACCCGGUCCUCUUACACACUGACCAUGCUCUAUAUUUCUGUGCUUUUUGUAACUGUCUUUCUUUCAUUAAGCAUGACUGAUAAUGUAUCACAGCUAUUCAAGCAAUAUCAUUCCAUAAUUUUCCAUCCAUAGUUUUCCCUUGGUAUUUUGUCAGCUUGUGUCCACUGGCUUUGUGUUGAGAAGUAGAUAACAGGUGCUAACCUUCUGUUCUGAGCGUAUUCUUAAACAUAUCUUUUACCAUGUUGUGGGUGUAUUUUGAUAUCUCUAAUAUAUUUUUUAAGAGAAGCAAAUCAAAGAAAGUCAAAAUGUGUUGAUCAUUGAUCACUUUAUUAAAAAUACAUAAAAUUAAAUUUAUUAAAAUGUUGUUUAAAAAAGAAUCUACUACUGCCUGUGGUACAUUAUAGAAGAAAAGCUUAUUGCUGUAAAAUGAAAUGCAUAUUAAAUCUAAUAGUUGUUUACUGAUAUGUAAUCUGUUGAUAAAUAUAUAUUUUUCCAUUUGCUUUGGAUGUCUUAUAUAAUUUAUUAGCAUUUAUUAAUAGAGACUGAAUUGCAUUUCCCCCCCAAAUGUAAAUACCCUUCAUUUGGUCCAGAUUAUCUACCAAUCAAAAACAUAGAGCCUAUUGAUUAAAGUUGCAUCAUAAUUUCCCUUUGGAGCAUUUCUUGUUCUGACCUGCUCAGGAUCCCAAACCUAAAGGAUAUUUAAACGUCACACAGGGUGUGAUCAGUCUGAGAUAGUACGUUUAUCAUGCUGCUACUUCGAAGAUGUCACCUGUAUGCAGCUAGAGGAUCUCAAAGUAGGACAACCAGUAACAGUAUGGGAGAACUCACUAGAACCCUACAUCUUGUAUUUUGGAAUGUUUACUUUUUAUUUUGAUUAUUACAAAGAAGUUAUUUAAUAGAUUUAAUAAAAUACUGCAAUACAAAUUAA